AUGAAUAACAAUCUGAUAGAACUAACAACUGAGACCCUGGAGGCGAUACGUAAGUCUCACAACCUUGACGAUCCUGACAGAAGAAAAGAAGCCGUGGAUGCUCUGAGGGAGUGGGUGAUGAAGCAGGAACAUUUACUGAAGAAGGAUUUUACUGAUCGGUAUCUGGAAUGGAGAAUUUUGACAAGAAAAGGUUCAGUGGAACGAGCUAAGCACAUGAUUGACAAAAUCUGCACCCUCAGGACUCUGUACCCGCAUUUCUUCGGUGUUUUUAAUGUAAAGAAGGAUUUAAAGAAUAUAGAAGGCAAUAUAGUAUGUUUCGCGUUGCCUGAAGUGAUCAACACCGACGUUCGAGUGUACAUCGUGAAGUUCUACAACAGGGAGCCGAUAAGUUCCUACUUUACGAACUUUCUGAGAUACGUACUACUUGCGAGGCCUGUCCUAUGGGGGAGUUUCAUUGAGUACAGUAAGUAUUGCGGCUAG